GAAUAUUUUAAAUGGACUGAGCAGACGAAUCCGAUUGGCUCAGAUGUCAAGGGGCGGGGACGUGGCUGAUUCGUUUGUUUGUUGUGGGCUGGAGUAAGGAAAUGUCGAGAGUAUUGGUAUCAGAGACUUGGGCAAGGCUAACGUCCAGCUAGUCACUGAGUGAUGGCUCUGCCAGGCAAGCGCGCCCCUCGUAGAGAGGAGUUUGUGCUCGAGCUAGCUUGCGAGUGGGGCUCAUGCCAGGAGACGUUUGGUGGGAUGGAGGAGUUCUGUCAGCAUGUGGAAACACAUUACCAAGAAAUUGCUGCAGAGAGUGAGGACCCAGAUAUACCAGAGGAGGUACACAGCUGCCUGUGGCAGGACUGUGGCUUCUGCUCAGUGGAGUGUGAUGGAGAGUUGCUGAGGCACAUGCUCUUUCACUGCUACCACACCAAGUUGAAGCAGUGGGGGUCGGCUAUGCUCAAGGCUCAUCCGGACAUGGGUGAAUGUUCAGUGGGUCUCCAGAACCGCAACAUCGUGCCUGAGGUCCAGGAGAGCUUCCUCUGCCUGUGGGAGCAUUGUGAGACGAACAUGGAUAACCCAGAGUGGUUCUACAGGCACGUGGAGAUGCACGCACAUUGCCUAGAAGUCAAUAAGGAGAACGUACUGUUCUGUGGCUGGAAAGAUUGUGAGGCCUCAUUUAAGGGCCGGUUUAAAUUACGGGAGCACAUGCGGAGUCACACUCAGGAGAAGCUGGUGGCGUGUCCAACCUGCGGUGGAAUGUUUGCAAACAACACCAAAUUCUUUGACCACAUCCGACGACAGACCUCCAUAGAGGGACAAAGGUUUCAGUGCUCUCAUUGCUCAAAACGCUUUGCCACUGAGAGGCUGCUGAGAGACCACAUGAGGAAUCAUGUCAACCAUUAUAAGUGUCCGCUGUGUGACAUGACCUGUCCCUCACCAUCCUCUCUGAGGAACCAUAUCAAAUUUCGCCACAGCAACGAGAAACCCUACAGCUGUGAUUACUGCGAGUACAGCUGUAAGAACUUGAUAGAUUUGCGAAAGCAUCUGGAAACGCACAGCAGUGAACCAGCCUAUCACUGUGACUUUGCUGAUUGUGACUACUCCACCCGCUCCCUGCACUCUAUCAAAAACCACUACAAGCGGGUACAUGAGGGAGAUUACACUCCACGUUAUAAGUGCCAUGUGUGUGAGCAGUGUUUCACCAGAGGGAAUAACCUCACCGCACACCUACGCAAGAAACACCAGUUCAAAUGGCCUUCAGGGCAUCCCAGGUUCAGAUAUAAGGAGCACGAGGACGGUUUCAUGCGGCUGCAGCUGAUCCGCUAUGAGAGCGUAGAGUUGACAGAGCAGCUGAUGCAGGAGCGACAGGGAGAAGGAGACAGCAGUGAAUCUGUUCCUCAAACACAGUGCCUCCAAUCUGGGGAAGAGUCAGUGGAAACUGAGCUCCCUGUAACCGCAGAUGAGAACACCAAGGCGGACACGAGAAGGAAUAGAGAAAUAGACUGCAGAAUGCAAGAAGAUCGAGAGAAUGCGCUGCUGGACCUCACAAGUGGUGCUUCGUCCUCAGAGGUGGAUUCGAAUAGGGAAGAGUCUGUGAUGCGACAAUUACAGGACACCGCUCAGAAGCUGGGCAUGGAGGUGGUCUAACCCCCGGCCCCAAAUUAAAUGUAAUUAAGUCAAUUAAAAAAGGGAAUUAUUCAAGAGUACAGGUACAUUGCUUACGUCUUAUGCACUAAUAGAAGAACGUGACUGGUUCUCUUCGAAGAAAAGUCUUUGAGUGUGUAGUGAGAGCGUGUGUGUGAGUGAGUGAGAGGUUUACCACUGAACAAGCUUACUUUUUUUAAUUAGAUUUCAGCUCAGGCCUGAAGCGGUUUGGACGAUUCAUUUCUGGACCACGUUCAGCACACUGUACAGUUUGAUAUUAAAGGUGCAGUUUGUAAAGUGUUUCUAGACCUAUUAUAAGCACAUCAUUUCAAAAGGACCUUAGAGAUUCCCGAUAUUGUCGUGUAAUGCAUGUUUUGGAUUUUUGUUUCAGGCUUUUGUUUACAUUCAAGCGCAGGUACGUUUAGUGAAGAAACAAGUGCAAUUCACCUCGCAGGCAGCAGGGGGCUCUAAAAGUUACAAACUGCUCCUUUAAUUGAAAAUAUACUACUGAUUAACUCCAACAGCGCCUUUCCAGCAGACAUUGCAGUACAGCUGGGAGUGGUUACUAAUAUGAAUCCACAGCUAUCUCUACCCCAGUGUCUGGACCCAUCACAUAUCAAUAUCUCUGGAAAGAAAUAUGCGUUCUCUGGAGAUUGCGGGGUGGUGACCUAAUUCUCCACACAACGGUAGUGUCACUCAAAUAAGGUCUGAUUCACUUGCUGUUUGUUUUUAUGUGAAAAGACAGAAAUCAGCUGGCCAAACAGAGCUGUCCAGAUUUUCCAUUGUACUAUGCGAUGGGAAUGAGGACACUACUAAAAGUGUCCUGUACAGUUCAUUGGAAAAAGAAAGACUAGCUCGGUUGUGUUGUUUCAAAAUGGUGGUUAUCUGACUCUAGUAACAGUUGACCUAUUGAUGAUCUGCUCCACCUGUAUGCCCCUUUUUGGUGCUACUGGUACUGUGACAUGAAGGGUAACCAAAUUCAGCAUACAUAUUUAGUUAUGGGAUCGCUCACAUGGCAAUGUAAAUAAUGACAAAAUUUUGGUUUAUUUAAAUUGCAUUCAUUCAUUUCUUUGUUUUGAAAGGGAAACCAUAAUAUUUCUUUAAAAUAAGAUAUUACAAGAAAGCACUCAUAUUUCUCAUUGCUUGUUUUAUAUCAUUUCAUUUCAUUUUGGGGCUAAAUUCUGACCCAGAUGUGCAUCAGCAAUUACUAGGGAGCUCGUAUCAAGACGAGGGUAAAUUUCUACUAUAAUGCUGAUGCCCUCUUAAUAUGGAUCACUGUGUUCUUUUAUAAAUAUUGCAAAAGGGUGACGGUAAAUGACAACAUGGCGGCUAAAAAAAAAUCAUCAGGAUUUUUCAGGUGCUGUGAUUUAAGAAUAUUAUAAUCUACCAAAAUUUAUGUCUGCAUUUGGGUGCAGAUUGACAGGAAUGAAGGAUUAGCUAUCUGGAUGGCAGAGAGUGGUGGAAAGAAUGAGCUGAGUAAAUUUGGAUACAGAGGGAUGUUGUUCCCUUUUUUAUAAUCAGGUUCCAGAGUACACAUCUUUAACCAGGGAAGAGCAUGUAGAAUAGCUGACUUGUUCCUCCAGGUCAACACUGUUUAUGCUGAAGUGUACUGCAGUGGGCUUUGUUUUUUUUUCUCCUCAUAUUUGGCUUCAUGAAUAUUUUAUUUCUAGACUCUGUGUGGUGAAGCAAAGUAGAAACAGUUUUUUAAAAAUAUGGAAAAAGAAUACAUUUCAGUGGGGCAAGAAAACAAAAAUAAUAAAAAAAAUCUGUUUCCUUGUUUAUCUAUUUUUAUUUCAAAAAAAAAAAAAAAAGGAACGAAA